AUGAGUCUUCCUUAUGUGGUUUUAGAAUUCGACAAGAAUGAGGUGCUGAUCCUCGCGUCUGGAGGCACUCUUGAGACACCGCAGUGGCAAUUCACUGCGAACUUUGAUGUGUCUCGCAAAGGCGAAGUCACGCUGCAUUUAUACUUGCGGGCCGAAAUGGUCGAGCCAAAAAAAAGAGACGGGUUGUCGACACAGAGAUUGGCCCUCGAUCCCAGCAAGACGAGUGGUGAUGCGAGACCGAGCGCUACCGAACUCAUGGGCGGCAAUGACGUAUACCUAGGCAUGGCCAAGUUUGUGCCUUCAUUUGAUCAGACACGUACGCUCGAUACAUGGCUUCCACUGCAUGGUGGGACAGGCGAAAUACGUGUACAGAUGGCGUUCAAGUCUCAGGUUGGCACCUCGCUGAACAUUGAAUCAUUUGAAUUGCUCAAAGUGAUUGGCAAGGGCAGCUUCGGAAAAGUGAUGCAAGUCCGCAAGCGCGAUACAUCGCGCAUAUAUGCCCUGAAAAUUAUCCGGAAAGCACAUAUUAUCUCACGAUCUGAAGUGACACAUACACUUGCGGAGCGAACGGUCCUUGCCCAAGUCAACUGUCCGUUUAUCGUGCCACUCAAGUUCUCAUUCCAAAGCCCAGAUAAGCUAUACUUGGGACUUGCAUUUGUGAAUGGCGGCGAACUUUUCCAUCACCUUCAGCGUGAGGGCCGCUUUAGCGAGGCUCGCUCACGCUUUUACGCAGCCGAGCUUUUCUGUGCUCUGGAGCAUUUGCACAGCUUCAAUGUAAUCUACCGUGAUCUGAAGCCUGAAAACAUUUUGCUCGACUAUACCGGCCACAUAGCAUUGUGUGAUUUUGGCCUAUGCAAACUUAAUAUGGGUGACAAAGAAACGACGCACACGUUUUGUGGCACACCUGAGUAUCUUGCGCCUGAACUGCUCCUAGGUCGUGGCUAUACAAAGGCCGUGGACUGGUGGACUUUGGGCGUUUUGCUUUAUGAAAUGCUCACAGGACUGCCGCCCUUUUACUCCGAAGAUGUCAAUGAAAUGUACAGGAAAAUCCUCCGUGAGCCUCUUACAUUCCCGCCAGACGUUCGCGAAGACGCGCGAGAUCUGCUGAAAGGUCUUUUGCAGCGCGAUACGUCGGUGCGUCUGGGGUCGCCACCUGGUGGUGCGGCAGAUAUUCGCAACCAUCCAUUCUUCACCAAAUACAUCGAUUGGGGACUGCUCCUAGCAAAAAAAGUCCAACCACCUUUCAAACCUGGUGUUGUCUCUGCUUUUGACACGUCCAACUUUGAUCCUGAGUUCACAAGCGAGCCUGCGCUGGAUAGUGUUGUCGAAGACGGACAUAUGAUUAGUGCUGCGGUCCAAGAGCAAUUUGCUGGCUUUAGCUAUACGGCUGCUCCUGAAGGCGCGAGUGGCGAUGGUCUUUGGCAAUGA